GCAAAGUUUUUGCACACGCUUGGACACAGCGGAGCUGCAGCGUGUUAGGACGACUUCGUGUUAGGAUGACUGUGUCCACGUGGACGACAGGCAGCGACACCGUACUCUUCGGACUGUCUGUGGGGCUGACUGAAAGACGUCAAACUCGAAGAUAGUUUUUUAUUCGAAAUAGCGGUGCUUAGUCGUUUUGCCCAUAGCUAUGGUAAGUGCGCGUACUCUGAAGGAUGAUCCACGCUUUGGAGCCGACUCCCGCUGGAGCUGGAUCAGCGCCUUCGCCUGCUGCUGCGUACUAUUUAUAGCGCUGGCGACGCCCCGCGUGGCGGGAAUCUUUUUCUAUGGCAUCGUUGAGACUUUCAUGGUCACGAGAGAAGAAGCUUCGUGGCCGGUGUCCCUGGCAUCCACGUUAAUGGCGUUAGCAGGUCCGAUAGCUGGCAAGUUGUGCGACCGUUAUUCCUGCAGAGCCGUUCUGCUAACCUGCUCAUCGCUGGCAGGAAUAGGAGCCGGCUUGUGUUACCUGGCGGGAGACCUUAUCUUUAUAACCAUUUCCUUCGGGGUCGUACAAGGAUGCGCUCUCUGCGGAUUGUACGUUGCUUCCACCGUAUUGUUGGCUCAGCAUUUUGAGAAGCGACGAGCGACGGCCAUUAGCCUUGUUCUUACGGUGUGCGGACUCAACACUGUCAUCAUUCCUCCUCUCGUCGAAUAUUUUCGUACUGAGUACGGCAUCCGGGCAGCGUUUCUCCUGUACGGUGCUGUUAUGCUACACGCCAUACCCUCCGUCAUCAUCCUGAGGAGCCCGGUUUGGCUUUUGAAACCAAUGAGAAAAACGACAAAUGCAUCAUAUGGGGCCGAGAAGGACCAAACAAAAGCGACGUUUGUGCUGAUUGGUGAAGCUGAAGACCACGUCAGAACAGCGAGGUUGGCGCAUGACGAAUCUGACCUACAUGAUGGCUCUUCAACCAGUGAUCACCCGAAAGGGCCCGCACAUCAAUCCCAGCAAAAUGAGUCAACUGCUCUUCAUCAGAAAACCAGCGGGUCACUCAAAAAGCUUGAAAUCGGUAGGGUGCCCCGGCGUGUCUACUGUGGCGCUACAGCGAGGCAGUUUCUAACGUUAACGUUCCUCAUUCACGGACUCUCUUUCGCAACCGUCACCCUUACAGCGAACGUGUUCUGUAUGAUACCAGCUGACCUGGCCAGAGACAGGGGGAUGGAACCCUCGGACUCUGUGUACGUGCUCCAGGCUUUUUCCAUCGCGGACAUCGCUUGCAGAGCCGUCGUGGGCCUCGCCAUCGAUACGCACACCUUGUCCCUGGAGUCUGUGAUGCUGAUAGGUUUUGCAUUGCAAGGACUGGCCUUUGAAUGGUUUGCUUGGGCCGGAACACUGGCACCGAUGAUCGCCGUUUCCGUUUUCUUGGGCGUCACCAGCGGUUCGAGAUUGUGUCUGAAAGCACCCGCCAUGAUCAUGGACUUCGGCAUGAGUACUCUGCCUGUGAUGAUGGGAGGACUUUCGUUCUGCACCGGCGUGUCCCUGAUGAUUCAGCCACCACUUAUCGGAUACUUCCGAGAUUCACGUGGUGACUACAGUGGACUGCUGCAUUCAAUGGCGGCUCUAAAUGCUUUCUUCGUGGGCGUUUGGGCAUUCAAAAUUGUGUCCAGACGGAGAGCAGCGUCAAGGCCACCAUCGAAAUCUGCUGAAAGCAGCGAACCGUGUAGGACAGAUUCACCUCACAACUGUGAUCCUAUGAGCAUCAACGGCGAGUGUUAGGAUAGCUGAAAUAACUCUAUCACAAAAAAGUUCAUCUCACAAAUCGCUUCAAGGCAAGCCGCUAUCAAGAUCCACGUCUGAAAAUUGAUGUAUCUUUCUAUAUUUGGCCAGUUUUUGCGACGGACUUUUUUUUCCCUGCACUAGCGAAUCCAACCCCAUUUUCGCGGUGCAAGGACAUAUGCACUGUCAUUUACCAGAAAGAAGCACGGAAGGGCACUGAGACGAAGCUGACUAUGCAGGGCAAUACAAGAAUCAUACCAGUGCCAUCGACGAGCUUGACAAGCAUAUUUGCUGGUUCCAAAAACGCGCGUAUAGAUUCGCCCUACACUCGUCAAGGCUGGAGUUUGUGUCACAAACAAAAUACGCGAGUGCUACCUUCCAUCAAUGAGGUGCGAGAGAAAUGUUAGGUCACCCUUCGAACUCUAUAGAUACAAGGGUUUCAUACUCUCCUUGGCAAUUUUUUCUCAUGAGAACCUUAAUUAGCUGCAAUAAACUAUGUUGUGUAUGUUGA